CGUUGCUCUGUCCCUGUUCUUUGUUCACCCUUUUCUUUUUGUGAAAUUCCCUUGAACCGAAGGAGCAGACAAAUUCUCUCUCGCAGAUCGGUCAGAUUCUAAUAAAAUGGCGUUACCGCUGUUCUGGGCAUCAAGAACAGCUUCCCGUCUCCGAAUCUCUGUCCUCCGCCGAAGAAGCUUCGGUUCUGUGAAUCUCAGAGACUUGAAGUAUGCGGGCACACACGAGUGGGUGAAGGUUGAUGGAAAUGCAGCUACAAUUGGGAUAACCCAUCACGCCCAGGAUCAUGUAGGCGAUGUUAUAUUCGUGGAAUUACCCGAACUGGGGCGUGUCCUUAAACAAGGUUGCAGUUUCGCGUCGGUUGAAAGCAUGAAGGCCACGAGUGAUGUCAACUCUCCUGUUUCAGGGAAAGUGAUCAAAGUCCAUGAAGAGCUCACCAGCUCUCCUGGUCUGGUCAACUGGAGUCCGUACGAGAGAGGGUGGAUGGUGAAAGUCGAGAUGAGUGAUCGAGGAGAACUGAACAACUUGAUGGACUCUGAUCAGUAUACAAGGUUUUGUGAGGAAGAAGCAGACUCCAAGCACUGAGAACUUGUGUUCUUCUGACAUGUAAGUACCCAAACCCGAUCUUUUGCCCUCUUUUUUCCUGGAUUGUAGAUGAACUAAAAAUGAAUCCUAGAUCAUUAAGAGUAACAGAGCAUCGUUAAGCGACGAUGCAUAAGUUUGUUGGAAGAGAUCAUACCAAGGCAACGGAUCUUAGAUUCUUACUGGUCAGAGAAUGUAGGAUGGAAAUGAUGCAUUAUGAUGCAGAAUCUAAGUAACGGGCAGUCCAAAUGUCAAGAGUAAUGGUAGAGGGCGGCGGGCAAGCAUAAACACAGAGUAUAUUGUGGAUGAAGAGAAGCUUUCAUGGAGAUGUUGAAUUUUGCUGUCCAUCCAAUCUUGGAGAGCCAACAGUGGUAAUGCUGGCGGCGGAUGAAAACGCUUGUCCUGACCGAAUCUCUUGUCGGAACCAUGAAAAAACUAAACUAGCAAACAGGAUCAAACCCAGCUUAUUGAAAUUCUCGUUUGAUUUCAGGAAGCCAUCGAUCAUCGCGAAUUCACAAUCUCGACCAAAUGGUGUUGGGAAAUCUCUCAAAUAUUAUUAU